ACACAAGGGCUGAUGUGUUGAGCAACUGUUCCCCAAACCAGAGCUUCUCCAACUUUUCCUAACCAAUCACUCUUGUCAAACUUUUGUUGCAAGAAUGAUCGUCUUGUUCCUAACGUUCCUCACAUUCUUCACAUAUACCAUUGAAUGUAUUCCAAAUGUUACGGUCAAUGAAUUUUCUGCCGACCUCCAGAAAGAAGGUCGUUCGGAUCCUUACCUAAUGUGCACAAUGAUUUCACAAACCCUCGGCAACUGGAAAUUGUUUUUCGAAGCUCAUCAUUGGGGCUCACCGGAAACUUUGAACCUUACUUCAGAAGAAUUCAAUCAAAUUAAUAAUAUAUGCGAACGUGAAGCUAUUUCUAGAAGUUGCUUUUUGCCAAGACUAAUGCUCAAGAUUGUUUGCAAAAAAGUUGAUGUACUCCAGAGUGAAUUUGGAAAAUGCAUGAAGGAUGUACAAACAAUGAAAAUCGAAUCGGAGAUUUUCGAAUCAUUUGCAAAGGAUUUUAGUUUUGACGGAAUAAGUAAAAAAUGCAGAUUGCUUCAAGACCCAAAGAUGCCGACAGACAUUGGCGAGACAUGCGGUGAAGAGGCUCAAUUGUCAUUCACAAAGAAACGAAGAUUACUCUAUUAUAUUUUUGAUUGCUGAGUUUGAAACUCUACUUUUUUUUAAAUUUGUUCAAAACAACAAGUACAACUCCAAAAUUACAUGUAGCUGGUAGAGCCAGAAUAUCAACAAAAAAAGAAAAUUUGAUUGUAUAUAAUGCAAAUUUUCACAGUAUUUGAAUGUGUUCGAAUAUAAAUAAAAAUUAAUUCAGAUGAGU